CCAACGUUAGCGACGUACUGUUGGCUCAGACAGUCCACCUCAGUCUCUGCUCCCCGGACACAGAGACCCAGCGCCCAACUAACCACAAACAGCUAGCAAACAGCACCUUCCCACACAAGAAGGAGCUCUGUCCUUUGCACCAGUUAACCAAAACUUGGAGGAACCACGUCCGCGACAAAAAUGAAGCGGCGGAUACAUCUCGGUCUCGUGCUGGUCUGCUCGCUUGUCUCAUAUUUCUGUUCGUGCUCGGCGUUUUAUCUUCCGGGUUUAGCCCCAGUGAGCUUUUGUGAAGAAGGCAAAGGUGGCGAAGAUUGCCAGACAGUGAUUCAGCUCUUUGUCAAUCGCUUGGACUCUGUGGAGUCAGUUCUGCCUUACGAAUAUGAUGUGUUCGACUUUUGCAAAGAUGCUAAGGAAAUGAGGCCAUCUGAGAACCUUGGACAGGUGCUGUUUGGUGAACGAAUUGAGUCUUCCCCAUACAAGUUCAAUUUUAAGCAAGCUGUCAAUUGCAAGGCAGUGUGCACAAAGACCUACCACAAAGGCAACCAGGAGGAAACAGCCAAGCUGGAUUUUCUCAAGAUGGGAAUGCAGCUGAACUAUCAGCAUCACUGGAUCGUUGACAACAUGCCAGUGACAUGGUGCUAUGAUGUGGAAGAUGGACAGAAGUACUGCAACCCGGGCUUCCCUAUUGGCUGCCUUGUUACAGCAGAUGGAAGAGUUAAAGAUGCUUGCGUUAUCAAUGCUGAGUUCCACGAUAAGAACACAUUUUACGUCUUCAACCAUGUAGACAUCAAGAUCACGUACCACAGUGGAACAACGGAAGGAUGGAGGGGAGCUCGGCUGGUUGCUGCCACGAUGGAGCCCAAGAGUAUCAAACAGGUCGAUGAGAAAACGCUAAAUUGUGAGACCGGUAGUCCAAUGGCGAUUCCUGGAGACUUUGAAAAUGAUGUGUCCGUAGUCUACACCUACUCUGUCCAGUUUGUGGAAGACAAUAGUAUCAAGUGGGCUUCUCGGUGGGACUACAUCCUGGUCUCCAUGCCUCAUACCAACAUCCAGUGGUUCAGCAUCAUGAACUCCCUGGUCAUUGUCCUCUUCCUGUCUGGUAUGGUUGCCAUGAUCAUGCUGAGAACCCUGCACAAGGACAUUGCCAGAUACAACCAGGUGGACCAGGAGGACGCACAGGAAGAGUCGGGGUGGAAGCAGGUGCAUGGAGAUGUUUUCCGUCCCCCCAGGAAAGGGAUGCUGCUUUCUGUGUUCCUGGGUCAGGGCACUCAGAUCUUCAUCAUGACAUUCAUUACCCUCUUCCUGGCCUGUUUGGGUUUCCUGUCUCCGGCCAACAGAGGGGCUCUCAUGACAUGUGCUGUGGUACUCUGGGUUCUGCUGGGCACGCCUGCCGGCUAUGUGUCUGCACGUCUUUACAAAACUUUUGGAGGUGAAAAGUGGAAGACAAACGUUCUGCUGACAGCGCUCUUGUGCCCAGGCAUUGUGUUUGCAGACUUCUUCCUAAUGAACCUGAUCCUGUGGGUGGAGGGCUCCUCAGCCGCAAUCCCCUUUGGCACGCUGGUGGCCAUUUUGGCUCUGUGGUUUGGAAUCUCUGUGCCCCUCACCUUUGUUGGUGCCUACUUUGGAUUCAAGAAACCUGCUAUCGAGCAACCAGUGCGAACAAACCAAAUUCCCCGUCAAAUUCCUGAGCAGUCCUUCUUCACUAAGCCAAUCCCUGGUAUUGUAAUGGGCGGAAUCCUGCCCUUUGGCUGCAUCUUCAUCCAGCUUUUCUUCAUUCUCAACAGCAUUUGGUCUCAUCAGAUGUACUACAUGUUUGGAUUCCUGUUCCUGGUUUUCAUUAUUCUACUCAUUACCUGCUCUGAGGCCACCAUUCUGCUGUGCUACUUCCACCUGUGUGCCGAGGACUACCAUUGGUGGUGGCGUUCCUUCCUGACCAGCGGCUUCACAGCAGUCUACUUGUUUAUCUAUGCCGUGCACUACUUCUUCUCAAAACUGCAAAUUAUUGGAGCGGCCAGUACCAUACUCUACUUUGGAUACACUAUGAUUAUGGUCCUCAUCUUCUUCCUCUUCACAGGUACAAUUGGCUUCUUCGCUUGCUUCUGGUUUGUAAAUAAGAUCUACAGUGUGGUCAAAGUGGACUAGAGGACUGGGGGAAGGACUGACUCCCUGCUGCCACAGUGCUGGCCUCCUGCCUGCUGGCUGUGUGAAAAAGCGGUCUGAUUGGACAUGAACUGAAAACAUCAUGUAUCAUAGAAACAAACCUGAAGAGCAGAGCCCGUCCUCUUUUGUGCUUUAAACUUCCGUUGCUAUUUUUCUUUUCUUUUUUUAAAAUAUAUAUAAUUUUGUGUUCACUGUUGACCAGUAAUAUUUUGAAUGGCGCCUUGAAAAUCAGUGUGGGUUCCAAUGGUCUAGUUGUCAUAGUGAGCAGUUUGUUUGCUGGAAUGUUUUUACUUUCAUUUUCUAAAAAAAGUAAAAUGUUCUGUAUUUUGCUUUUCUAUUCCCUUAUGGCUAAAUGUUUUGUUUUUCAUUACCUGUUCUGUAAUGAUGAAAAAAUUGUGUGUACAUAUACUGUAUAGAGAGAGAAAGACCGAGAGAAUGCUACUUAAAGAUUGUCACCAUAACACAAUCUUCUUUAGGAGUUUUAUUCUUUAUUGUUUUUUAAGGUAAAAAUGGGGCUAUAAUUCCUUAAAUAUCAGUCUGUAUUGUAGUUCAGAAAUUAUAUAAAACACUGACAUUGCUAUGA